CAAAUUGAAAAAAAAAAAAUAUUAAAUGGUUGUAAAGGUAUUGGAUCAUUAACUUCAACAACAGACCAUAGAAGGAUGUUUGUAGUUAGAAGACAACUAAGAGUAAGUGGUGGGAGAAGUAUAGCUUCAUUCUCCACUGGUUCAAUAAUACAUAAGAAACAAGAUUCAGUCAAAUUCACCUCACCCCAAGAACAUAUUGAAGAACAGAAAUUAAAUAAAGUUGCAGAACAACAAUAUCAACAAACGUUAUUACAAGAAGAUUUUGAAUAUAAUCCAAAGUAUGUCAGUGAGUCUAAGGUGAAUCCUAUAACAGGCAGACCAAUUCCUAUUAAUGUUGAAUUAUUAAAAUAUAAACCCAUCACUUUAAAACCAACUCAUGGAAAUGAAGUAGCUACUAUUAAAUUUAGAGGUUAUGAAGAAGAUUCAUUAAUUAGAGCAGGUGAAUUUGCUUUAAGAUCAGCUUUUUAUUUAGGUAUACCUACUUCAAAUUUAACUAGUUUAAAAACUGAAAAAAGAUUAUAUACUGUUAUUAAAUCACCAUUUGCUCAAGCUAAAACUAAACAAAAUUUUCAUAGAGUUACCUUUAAUAAAACUAUAACUGCUUUUGAUGCUAAUCCUGAAGUGAUUGAUUUAUGGUUAUCAUACAUUAAUAAACAUAGCAUAGAGGGAGUUAAAUAUGAAGCUAAGAUGAUCACUAAUGAAUCAUUAGAUUUCAGUAAAGAAUUACAAAGUUUGGAUGAAAUUGAAUUAUCAUCAACUUAUAAUGAAUUGAAUGAUCCUAUUGGUAAUAAAGUUAAGGAAUUAUUACAAUCGGAUAAUUUUAAACAAUUUCUUAAAGAAAGUAAAUAGAUUAAUUUAUAUUAUUUAACUUGUACAUAUACAUAC